ACAGCAUUUGUGAGUGUGUUUACUUGUAAGAGAAACUUCUUCUUGCUAUACAACUUUAUUCACGUCUCAACCAGAGGUCAAAAGAAUGGCUGAGGAAAUAUCAUAUGAAAACGCCACUAAUGGAGAAGUGAAGAAGUUGGUAAGUGGCGGAGGGAAAGAGUUUGACCCGGAUGAGAGGAUCCGCUCCGGAUUCGCCUACUUCAAGACUGAGAAAUAUGACAAAGAUCCCGAGUUGUACGAGGAGCUCGCAAAAGAUCAAAGCCCAAAGUUUUUGGUAUUCUCCUGCUCCGACUCCAGAGUGUGCCCAUCCCACAUACUUAAUUUCCAACCAGGGGAGGCUUUUAUGGUCCGUAAUAUAGCCAACAUGGUCCCUCCUUAUGACCAGAUUAAAUAUUCUGGAGCUGGGGCAUCUAUUGAAUAUGCAAUUGUCCACUUAAAGGUGGAGAAUAUUUUGGUGAUGGGACACAGCUGCUGUGGAGGUAUAAAAGGACUCAUGUCUAUCCCUGAUGAUGGCUCCAUAGACAGUCAUUUCAUCGAAGAAUGGGUCAAAAUCUGUUUGAUAUCAAAGGCAAAGGUAAAGAGAGAACAUGGCGACAAGGAUUUCACUGAACAAUGUACAAUAUUGGAGAAGGAGGCAGUAAAUGAAUCACUAGCCAACUUACUGACAUAUCCAUUUGUGAGGGAAGCUGUGGUGAACAAAAGCCUUGCACUGAAAGGUGGACACUACGAUUUUGUGAAUGGAUCUUUUGAGCUUUGGGAUCUUGAGUUCAACCAACUGUUGCAAAACUGACACUAUCAUUGCAUAGAACCUACUGUCCACUAUUGUUUCAAGUUUCUCUUCAUUUUGUAUUUUGAUGUAAUUGUAUUAUGGGACCACGUUUGUCACCGACCCUCUCCAGAUCUCAUUUGUGAGAUUGCACUUGAUAUGUUAUUGUUGUUGUUGUUGUUUGUCACCGAAAUAAAAUUUUCUUGGAUC